GCAAGAAGACUGUCAAAUAAAAAGAAGUUUUCAGUUUUAGAAUAGGCUAAGCAUACUGUGCCAGAUUUUGUGGAGCGCCCCGUCGAUCUUCUCUGCCGCCAUUUACCCAAUUUGACUUAAGCUGAGCUUCUUAAAUCCUAUAUUUCCGAAUUUGAGAACGGAGAGAAACGCACUCCAAAACGACCCCUGAAACAUAAGAAGACAAAGAAGAUAUGCAAACGUCAUCCUGUAUACAUCAAAUACUAUCAUGCUAAUAUCUUAUUGCUCAACUUGCUUUCAUAAUCUGUUGUUGAGUAAUUGCUUCAAAAAGCUGAAUAUCAGAAAAAUUUACUUGCGAAGUCGUUUCCAGCAAUGUUCCGUACCUUUAGAGCAUCAAAAAAAUGACUUCCCAUCCACACGAGAUUUGGAAUCUUUCAAACUUUCACAUGUGGUGGAUCAAAUCGUUGACCCAGCGUCAACCGAACUGAUAGCGGUUCCCUCAAAGUCAGAUCAAUUAGUGAAACCACAUACAUUACAGAGCUUCAAUUCAUCAACGAUAACGUCUAAAAUGAAGUCUCCAGCUCCGGAGUUGAAAAAACUGGGACGAUCUAUAAUAUCAAGAUUGGAGUCGUUGGAAGUAGACCGAGAUAUUGAACAUAACAUUGAUUUGCACAAACUUCUUGACAAAGAUGAUACUAAACCUACACUCUCUCCCAUAGAUGAGCAUAUUCUCUUGAACGCAAAAGCUAUGACCCUUUCCAGAGACCAUACUGGUACUCUUCGACUAAGUGCUGGGCUUAAAGCAAAGAAAAAAGUGAUAGACGAUACAUUAUACGAAUACAAAUACGAACUUAUUAAUGACCCUCACUCCAUUGUGGAGAUAACGUGUCUAAUCAGCUUCAUUAGACGCAUAACAAAGUACAACUUCAUGAAUUCAACCCCACAAAUAAAGCAUUUUCUCAAAAGUAGAAUCGUUUAUACUGAAGAAGGACAGCAGCUAAUGAAAAGUAAUAGAGCUUUGGCGUACUACAUGAUCGACUUUUUCAUGAGAAGUGGAACUCUUUCAAAUAUUGCAAUUAUUGAAGACAUAGUUCGUGCUAUAGAUGGCUGGGAUACGUAUGCAUUGAAUAUAUACUUGAAACGUUCUUUAGUAUUCUGCGUCGAUCCUUAUCUUAGGUUGCGCCUAAUUGAGAGAGCUAUAAUCAAAUUUUCUGAAAAUAACUUGAAACUAAACAAGACAACUUUGUACAUGAUCUAUAUGCACAUUGAUAAAGCCUCCCUAUACUCUUUUGACCUACAAUUCUUUAAGUAUGAUUUGCAAAAGUUUUUGGCUGAAAGAAAUCUUUUAAAUGGUCCUCAUUUUACAUCCAUACUAUUUGAAGACUUAAUCAAUUCUUUUUCCAUUAUCAAUGCCGAAAAGCAACAUUUGCCCCAAAACAGAAACGAUUCACAUUUGUAUGCGCUGAUAGAUGAUUCUAUGAACUCAAUAGACAUUAUGCCGAAAUUUAGGAAUAGUUCACAGUUAAAUAUAACUAGGAACAAUUAUUCUAUAAAAUCUCUUAGGAAAGUGUUUUUGAAUAGCAAAUUCAGAAAUGUUGAGUCUUUCAAAAACCUGAUAUCGGCUCAUUUGGAAACUUCCAAUUGGAAACGUGCAUGGAAGAUGGUAAUUUCAAACUACCAUUGCUUACAGAUUUUAUCGAACAUUCCACCAACAGAACGCAUGAAAAUCAAACUAUCGAAGCAGCAUCCCGAUUCCAAGUAUACCAAUUUUGGAAAACUAUUUGCUUUCAAUCAAGAGUUUUUUCUCACUCUUCUCCGUGGUCCUAUUGGACAUCAGCUAGUAUCACAUUUAUGCUCCAGUUCAAAUUGGCAGCUCGCGGUACGCACAAUCAACGAGAUUAAUAGCUUGAAACUUUCCAGUGAUGGUAAUAAUGAAGAUACUAAAGUGGUUUGGAACACGUUUUACGUUUCCCUGAAAUGUUUGCUAGACGUUGAUCUGACCAAAAGUUUACUUGAUCCUAUGUGCCACCUGAUUCUAAUAAAAUAUUUAAUGAAUAUGGCGUUGAAGACCGACCUUGGUACUUAUAAGAGGUGGGACAUACUUUUCAGGCGGCUACAAGCAAAAGUUGACUCCAUCCACAACACAUCAUUUUCCAAGCUGGGGAGCAACUUAAUCUUACCAGAACCUGACAAAACGGACAACGUGUACGUUUGGUUGGAAAGAGUACGUUUGGUGAGGGCCAAACGCGGUGGCUACAAAGACUUCCAACUUUUAGGAUCUGUUUUUGAUACCACAGAAUGCUAUGAUGCAACUGAUGAAAUUUCUAAUGUUACUGGUAACGAGAAAAAACAGCGACCAAAGCUGCGACUGCAACCACAAAAACAGCCACAAAUACAGUCACAACUAAAAACAUGUACACAAUCGCAGUGCCAGCCAAACGCAAACACUUUUCUUGUUUCAAAUUUAGUUUCCUGUGACUUAUCUAUAAUUACCCCCUUUGAAUCUGCCCUUUUUCGAAGCCUAUCUUCUUUGAGGAUUUUGGAUUCGAAACAAAAGAUAGAAAAUGAGUACAAUCUGUUUCCGGGGUUUUGGAAUUCUAAGAAUAUAGAUCAUGAUGAUGUUUUAGAAAAUUUUCAUUUGGGAUUCAUAAACAAAAACUACAAAAAUGAGAAAAUAAAGUGGGAGACAUGCACAUCUAAUCUAUCUGCAUUAAGUACUGAACUUGAAACUUUAGGCAUUGAAAACUUGGGUAAUGAAAUGGAUUCCUUAAGGGUGAAAGCUAUUUCCAAAAUAAACGGUGCAGUUAAGGAAAAUCUGACUGGAUUGCUGGAUGCUUCAAAGAAAUACGUGGUUAUGGAAAAGGUAAUCACUAAAAAGUGUAAUCAUGGGGUUUUCAAGCGUAUCGAUCCGAAAAGCUCUAUCAAUAAUUUACUACCCAAUGAUUGGUUGUAUAUGGUAUUGAAUUCUUGCCAUAAUGAUUGGCUAGUACAAUAUCUUAGAAAAAAACCGCAUUCCCCAACAUAGACUGUAUAUAAUAUUUAUAAAAUUUAAUGAACUCAACUUAUAUUCAUCAGAUAAAACA